GUAAACACAAACCUUCGCUGCUGUCAAUGGCUUGCUAGCUGCCUUUGCUCUGCUCACUGUACACUCACAGAGCAGCCUAUUACGGGUGCCCACACUAUGCUACACUCACUUACCAGGCCUUCAGUGAGAUUGCCAGAUCUUUAAGAUGUCAAUGGUGUUGUUUGCCUCUGUGGUUCGGGUCGGGGACGGCCUGCCUCUCUCUGCAUCUACCGACUAUGAGCAGGAUAAAGAACUUCAGGAAACCAAGAAGCAUCUCAAAGCUCUCUCCAAAAAACUCAGCCAGUUUCCCGACCGCUGUACCCUUAAAACUGGACCGUACAAUGUCAAUUUCACAAGCUCACUAGGUGUCGGGUAUCUGAUGGUGUGCACUGCAAAUUACCCUAAUGUGCUGGCCUUCUGCUUCCUGGAUGAGCUGCAGAAGGAGUUUAUUGUCACCUAUGACCCCAAACGAAUCAGCAGCGCUGUGCGGCCAUACUCUUUCAUUGAAUUUGACACCUUCAUCCAGAAGACCAAACAGCGUUACAACAGCCCUCGUUCUCUGUCCACCAAGAUCAACCUGGCUGACAUGCAGACAGAGAUCAAGCUGCGACCGCCCUAUCAGCUCUCCCAUGAGGAUCUGCGAGCUAUCAAUGGGUUCUCUGUGCACACAUCCUCCAAGUACAAGGGCAUAGCCCCCACACAGACGUUGGAGCCAGUCACUCUCCCAGGCAUCGUGUCCUGUGUACUCAGUGUCCUCUGUGGAGGCCUGAACCUGCUGCGAGGAGUCCACGCAAUAGAGAGCAUUCUGCAGAAUGACGAUGAAGAUUUUAAUUAUGUGAUUGCCUUCUUCCUCGGCACAGCAGCCUGUCUGUAUCAGUGCUACCUGUUUGCCUACUUCUCUGUCUGGAGGAACAGUAAGUCCUUCCUGGCGUUUGCACUCAUCUGUCUGUCCAACAUGUAUCUGUAUGAACUGAGGAACAUGUGGCAGAUCCUCUUCCAUGUGGCGGUGGGCGCCUUCAUGGCGCUGCAGAUAAAACUGAGGCAACCACUGGGCAAAGCGCCGGACUAUAAUGUCUGACACAAACUUUAAAGGACAAGUGGACUUUCCAUCAGAUGUCUCGCAUAUGCCCUGGAAAUGCAGCAGAAGACAGCGCCACAGCUCUAGCCAGUCUGAGGACGAAUCGGCAACCAAAAAAAUGUCUUUCCAGUGCAGGAGUAAAAAAAAUGUAGUCCUUGCUCAAUCCCAGCAGAUCUGAGCUUGAAAGUCAGCAGCAACUUUAAAUGAAUUGCGGUUUGUUCACGAUUUUCAGAUAAAUAUGUCUACGUUUGUCAUUGCUGCCAUAGUUUAAGUCAGAGUCUUGCAUACUGCAUGUCCAGUUUUUCAAAGCUCAGUUCUUCCAGCACCCAUAGACCCUCUAAAAUCUAGUCUAAAACACAAUCAACACCACAUCUAUGAUAUUUUUACUUUGAAGAAUGUAACUGUUUUUCUUUAUAACUUUUUUUCGAAACACAUCAUUAUAAGAAGCUGUACUAAAAGGGAAAAAAAACAAGAAAUAUUUGUUAAAAUUACAACUAACCCACAGUAUACUUAGUGCAAAGCAUGUUACGUGCUCAAGCCUAUGAUACAUAACUCAAUCCAUGUGAGUAGAAUCUAACCAAAAGUAUUAAGAAAUUACAGAAAUUAAAUAUACAAUUUGAUAUCUUUAUCUGACAUUUUCCCCAUCUUGUUUUUACUUUACCCACUUCCUGCUUUUAUCCAGUUACUUUAUUUAUUCAUUUUCUUCCUGUCACAUGCACCUUUUGAACAUGUCCCCUUGGUAAGCUGACACGAUGCACGACUCUGGUUAACGUCUUGAUUUAAAACUAUGCAAUGCUGCCUCUUGUACAUGUAUCACAGUUUGGGCGCUUCCUGUAUUCGGGAGCCAACUGUUAUAUCUAAUGUUGCUCAUAUUUGUCAUUUUGUGGACAGCUCAUUUUUUGCUAUUUAUUUACUGAUUGUUCACUGGCAUGUGUUCAGUUAAGAUUUAUAUAAAUUGUAUUUCUUUUAUGGUCACUUUUUUUUUUAUUAGUGUUAUUGUUGUUGUUUUUUUGCAUUUACUUGACACAAACUCCUGCUGCAUCAGACGCAAACUGCCUGCUAGUAUUUAUUCCCAACUUGCUCACUUACACAGCCUCCAGGAUGUGCCACUGUCAUGUGACUAUGUUAAUGAAGAGUCUGUGUUGGCAGCGAUGUGAAGAUACUGGCUGUGAUGUCGAGGCCAGAGGCAGUGUGUAUCAUCUGAGCAGCCUCUGGUUUGUUUUUCCCCCCACCGAGCCCCUUGGUUAAGUCAUGGCUGUAUCUGCCAGUUAGUAGGACGGACAAAAAAAAAUCUCUCUUUGCUUGUAUUGUGGAUAUUAACACAACAUUCACAUUUAGAAUAUUACAUGGUGUGAGCUGUGUUUGGGAAGUUAUGUGUAGAUUUCCUGGCUUCCUGCAAUAUCCCAGCAAACGGGGAAGGGUAUAGAGAUGAGUCAUGCCUUUAUUCAUUGUUCAUACAUAGCCGUAGCAGUUGUGCCAAUAUAGUCAUAUUGUUUCUUCACUGGAUUGAGUUAAAAUGGAAAGAAAAUGAGUUAAGCCACGCAACUGUGCGCCAUGUCCAUCUGGCAUCUGCUCUACAGAUCUCAUCAGGGACUGCAGCCGUGUAUGAUUCAUGAUUGCACUCUCUGAAUGUUCUCUGCUUUCCAACAGCGGCACCACACCUACAUGACCUAAUAGUUCUUUUCACUAUGUGGCUCUAACUUGAUUGGAUCUGAAUUGUGCUUCACUGGCUCAGAUAGUCUGUGUCUACAGUCUUUUCUCCACAGCAGCUACAGGAGACGUGUGUUGUGUAAAACAGGAAAAAGUUCACGGCUACUCUCCUGGUUUAUGUAACCCCCCCCCCAGAUCUUUAAAACACCAGAAUUGACUGCUUGCAAUUUUUGUAUGUGUUGCAUCCCCAGUUUUGUUUGCACAGUAGUACGGACAUUUAAAGUGUAUCCAGAGUUAAAUUCACAAAAUGGAGUGUUGGAAAAGCAAGGCUCUGAUAUGAAGUGAGAAAUGUUUUUGGAAAACUGGAUUUAAAGCAUAUCUGAGACCAGAAGUGCUUUCAUAUUGUCAAUUUUUUUGUCGCUCAUGUAACAUGGUUAGUUCUUUUAAUUCCAUUUGAAAUGCAGCACACUGCGCAUAUCACUGUGAUAAUGGUGAUAUAUCAAUUAGCUCUUCAAAGAAUAAUGCAAUGUGAUGAUGUCAUAAAGAAGCAUAUGUGCUCGUAGUAUUAUGA